CGUUCGUUUCCCCCGCACUCCGAGUACGAAACUCAUGCCCAAGCACCUGCCCCAGCGAGACCCGUUUACGGUAGAUGGAGCUUACAUGUGUAUGCACAUAGAGCCAAAAGCAACGCUGGAGCCCAAAAACACUACCGGUCAUCUGCACUGCUCAAGUGCCGUGUUGGACCCCGACAGGCUGAUCUAAUCCCUAAACACAGUCUAUACUCUCAAGAAGUUGCCGCCCCACGCCCCUGCAGCGUAAGUAACAGUAGUAUGUUGGACCGGGAAUCAAGGACGAGCCGGGAGAUGCCGCGCAGGCACUCGCACGGUCACGUUUCUAUGUGUUAGAGCACGAGCAUAAACACGCGGGAAGGCAGGUAAGAGACCGUCCGCGCGUCCCCAGAUACCAAACCGACGUCAACUCGAGACAACCGCGAACUGGCGCGCCCUGCUCCUCAGGUCCUUCCGCAGCUGGACCCAGAACAACACCAUCAGCCGUCCGCAAAGCUCACAAUAGCAAACUAAAACACAUACAAUUUUGCCGCUGGGGUUCUUCGGCACAGCAUCGAUAAACACAACGCCGCCGGUGAGGUGCUUGUACGCGAUCUUCUCGCGCGCGACGUGCUGCUGCAGCGCAGCCUUGAGCGCCUCGCCGUACCGCGGGUCCGCGCACGUGCGCGUCGUGUGCUCCGCGCGCAGCACGACGAACGCGAGCGGGAUCUCGCCGCAGUAGUCGUCCGGGAUCCCGACCACGCACGCGUCGACCACGGCGGAGUGAAGCCUGCGAUGUAUCAGAUUGGCUCUCCGAUUCUGGAUCGGGUGGGUCAGACGCACAGGAGAUGUCCUUCUAGCUCGGCAGGGGCCACUUGGAAUCCUUUCACUUUGAGGAUUUCCUGUCGCAGGUCAGGGUGGAAUUCGUAAAAAAAAAAACAGUAAUCAUCAACCUUCAACCGAUCAACGAUGAAAAUCUCGGAGUCGCGAAUGACGACCUCGUCUCCCGUUCGGACCUGCGCAGGCACUCAGCACAACCCUCAAACGACGGACACAUCACUCACCCAGCCGUCAACAAAUGUUUCCCUCGUCGCCUUCUCGUCGUUCAGAUAUCCCAGCGCCAUCGACGGCCCCGUGACCACCAGCUCGCCCUCCUCGCCCUCCCCGCAGAGCGCCCCAUCCGGGCGCACCACGCGGGCCGCGACACCGGGGAUGAUCUGCCCCGCGCUCCCGACAGUGCCCAUCUUCUGCGCGCCGCCCAGGAAGGUGAUCGUCGCGCAUGUCUCCGUCAUGCCUGGUUGCAACUCGUGAAUAGGAUGUUAUGCGCCGCGGGAAAUCCGGGUGGACGAACCGUAGCCCUGCCCGAUCGUGGCGUUCGGGAGAAUCGCCUGCAGCGUGACCAUCAGGUCGCCGGUCAGAGGCGCUGCGCCUGAGCAGCAGAGUCUGACAUGGCUCAAAUCGUAGUCCUUCGUCGCUGGAUGCUGUGCAUUUACUUUCUAGCGCCUGACCAUGAUAGAAUUUAUCGACCGCGAACCUUGCACAACAAGACGAUUUGAGGAGGAACCACGCUGUCCAAAAAAAAUGAGAUGACACGCAAAUCGUCAGAGAACGACUCACAACAACACGCUGAUCUUGUAUUUGACUACACUUUGCAAGAAUUCGGUAAAGUUGAAUUUGGGGAUGACAACAAGAGAGGU